UUCUCUACGUAUAAUAUGCCAGCUGCCUCAUUGCAUUACACCAUACUAUGCUGCCUCACUCCUCAGCAGCUCUCCUUGCUUCCAUAUAUCAUUGCUGUUGUGUCUCAGCAUUUUAUUUUUUUAUUUGAACAGUUAGAAAUGACUGUUUACCUUUACUUUUUAAAAACAGUCAUAUUAAUAUUCAGAAUCUCUUUGUCUAGGGUGCAUUGAUUGAACAGCACCACCGGCAAUGUUACACAAACUUGUAAGCAUACAGAAUAAACUCAGUUCCUGUUAUAUUAGGCCAAUGACACAGAAAGUCAAAACAUCAGAACACUGCUGCUUUGGAAGACGGCACAGCUUUCAAUAUGCCUUCAUAAAAAAUCGCAUUCUUCUAAGGCAUUGCAACACACAAAUUACACUAAUGGGUAUUAUAUUAGAAAUAUCUAAAGCUGCAUAAGAACUGGGUGUAGUUGCAGGAAUUCGUUGACAUGCAUGUGCAUUCUUUGACCAUUUCAUCUCCAGUGACUACAUAAAAAGUGCAUUAGAACAAAAAGAAUAUUUUGAAAAAAGCUAUUCCUAAAAAUAGAAAGAAUACUGCAUAGUAUCUUAAAUAUGAUUAUAUAGGCUGUUAUGAAAUAUAAAACUAGUGUUUUGUUGUUUUCGUGGUACAACUGGCCAUUUUCCGCCCCUGGAGUUGUAAUGAAUAAUGCAAUACACUAAAAUCAAUUCAGUGAUUAUCUCUGCAAACACAUGGACUCGUGUUAUUGUCAUUUCGUGGUUUCAUGCCGAUACAAGCACAGCAUAUGAGAAUAGGGGCAAGGUAAUGGUUUUGAUGUCACUAUUGUUGCAAUAAAGUAAAACGAAAUUGCGAUUUUUCAGGGUAUCAAUCUAGAACUAGGACAAGAACAGUUGAACAUCAAACACAGGACAAUAAAAAAAAUCAACACCAUACUCAACAGUACACUACAAUACACUACAUCGACUACAGCAAUGACACAGCAAUACAUGUAAACAAAUGUGCAGGACAGUGUAUAUAUCCAGUACACUGAACAAAUAACACAAACAUUACAUCUUCGAUUUUGCUACAUUAUGCAGUAAAAACUAUAAAUAUUGCAGAGAGAAGAACAGACACGGAUAUAUUCAAAAUUAGAUUACACUGACAUUAUUGUCAUAAAAGAGUAGUCCUAUCUUGGGACGAUGAUUUUUGAUUGAUUGCUUUUCCUGGUCUGCUCGUGUUAGGAUUCGAUAGUGCAUUACUUUGGCCUUAUAGUGCACUGUCAGACUGCACUGUGGUGCAAUGGGGCGAAUUUUGUGUCAAUGUGUGCAUAAUUAAGUUCAUAGAGACAUUAGAUAUGUCACGCGAAAAAUACACAUAUGAAUUAAUGUAAUUAAACUUCAGUAAAGUUCGGAAAUUACUGAAGACGACAGAGCGACUAUCAAAGCAGCAAGGAAGAGAAUUAGCCCGCAGCUAACGGGUUGGUCUCAUUUGCUGUAGGAAUGGUUUUAAUGAUGGAGUCUCAGUGUGAGUAUUUUAUGUAUUUCCCUGCCGUUCCCAUUUCGGACCUGUCAGACCCGGCCAGGUAUCGGACCCUCCCGCGCCGCAGCAAUCUUUAUCUUGGCGAGACAGUGCGCUUUUUGCUGGUCCUACGCUGCAAGGAGGGGACGGCUGGCUCGGCGGCUGGCAGCGGAUCGGAGAGCCCCAGCAGCCGGGCUUGGAGAGAGCUAGCCGGAUCUCUUUGUGCCGUGGCCAGCGUCAGCCCCGGCGAGAGCAGGCAGCGAUCGCAGCCCCACCGAGACUAUCAGAGUAGCGGCGAUGAGGGCGCCGAAGAGGGCGACGACGAGGAAAGCGGUGCAGCCAGCGCGGGCAGGAGGGAGGCAAGGAACCGGGGCUUCAGGGACUGUCAGCCUCUUCUCAUACACAACAACACGGGUAACGGCGGUCGGGAGUACCGCAGAGCUCCGCUGCAGUCUCCCCUGGACGAACCGGUGGUGCUGCCUGACGAAGUCAUCUUCCCCUUGACUGUGUCCCUUGACAAGCUCCCUGUCAGCACUCUCAAGGUGAAGGUCAUCGUAACAGUGUGGAAGCGGGACGUGGAGAAAGCGGAGGUCAGAGAGCACGGAUACCUCAACGUCCUGCAGCAGCGCAGCCCCAGCCAUACCUUUCGGCAUGACCUUAACACCUUCAAGGCGCAGGUUAGCACCACCCUGACUGUUCUGCCACCCCCUACUGUAAAGUGUCAGCAGAUGACCGUGUCUGGGAAGCACCUCACUGUCCUGAAAGUGUUAAACGGGUUCUCCCAGGAGGAGGUCUGCGUGCGAGACGUGCGGAUCCUUCCCAACUUCAAUGCCUCUUACCUCCCCGUGAUGCCGGACGGCUCCGUGCUCCUUGUCGAUAACGUGUGCCACCAGUCCGGCGAAGUUGCCAUGGCGUCCUUCUACCGGAUGGACAGCCUGUCCAGCAGCCUUCCGAGCAUGCUCAGUGCACUUGAGGAACAUAACUUCCUCUUCCAGCUUCAGCUCAGCGACCAGCCUCAGGAAGACACAAAGGAGGGGUUGGAGGUCCCCUUGGUAGCCGUCCUCCAGUGGUCCACACCUAAACUUCCAUUCACCAACUGCAUCUAUACACAUUACAGGCUGCCCAGUGUAAGGCUGGACCGGCCACGCUUCGUCAUGACCGCCAGCUGCCCCAGUGCGGUGGGGGUGCGGGAGCGCUUCCGUGUCCGAUACACGCUGCUCAACAACCUGCAGGACUUCCUGGCCGUGCGUCUGGUGUGGACACCUGAGGGUCGCGGUCAAUGUGAGGACCAGUCGGUCAGUGCGGUGGUGUGUCAUUCUCCACUCAGCAACCUGGGCCACUGCCAGAAAGGCAGCACCUUGUCCUUCACCGUGGCCUUCCAGAUCCUGAGGGCCGGGCUCUUCGAGCUCAGCCAACACAUGAAGCUGAAGCUGCAGUUCACAGCCUCCGUCUCCAACCCGCCCCCUGACGCGCGGCCUCUCUCCCGCAAGAACAGCCCAUCGAGCCCCGCUGUGCGGGAUCUGCUGGACCGUCACCAAGCCAGCCUGGGCCGUUCCCAGUCCUUCUCCCACCUGCAGCCUUCCCGAUCCCAUCUCAUGAGAACAGGCAGUGUUAUGGAGCGUCGAGCUAUCACGCCUCCCGUGGGCUCACCUAUCGGCCGGCCGUUGUACCAGCCCCAGGAGAAGGCCAUCCUAUCUCUGGACAAGAUUGCCAAACGUGAGUGCAAAGUCCUGGUUCUGGAGCCAGUCAGCUAAAGGGAUCGAGAGGCACAGCAACGGAACGAACGGCCGACGGGGAAUGACCACGAACGGAAGGCGACUCCAUCAUGAACACGCAGUGACUAUCCCUAAAUGCUGAGAGAUGAUAAUCCACUGGAGUCCACUGUAAUGUUUCAGAUGCAGCCUGACGGCCUGCUCUGAUGGAAACGGCUUCAGACUGACAGCUUCACAAACUGGCAGCAGAGGAUAAAAAGAGCAGGCGAAACGUUUCUGACAGGCAGGCGUUCGUUAAAGACCUGUGUCAGACUGUGCAUAGGAUCUCUGUGUUUUAAACUAGAAGGGUUAGUGGGCAUGAAACAUGAACAGUGUUAACAUACUGCACUCCAACAUCCAAUAUGCGCCAUGUACAAAUUUUAAGAGGAGUUUUAAGCUGGCACAAAUGGGUAUGAUAACGUUAUAGUAUUAUGUCAUCAUCAUAAUAAUAAUAAUAGUCAUAGUCAUGGUCGUAGCAACAAUAGUUCGAAGUGUUAGUAAUAGAAAUUCAUUGGUAAUUGCAGCGACAUUCAUAUAGUCCUGGCAUUUUGCUUGUAGCAGUCGUGAGUCAUAAGGGACAGGAUGCCCUGUACGCUGGAGGUUAUGCACGCUGGGCUUUGCGUGUGCAUGUGUUAAAGAACUGACAUUUUCUACGUUUGCAUCUGUGAACCCUGAUUUCUGUUUUUUUAUUCCAUUAUUUGCUGCAGUUUUGUAUGUUAGUGUUUCGGGUCCAGGAUUUCAUUUCAGGUUCUGUGUUUGCUCUUAAGCGAGCUGCUGGAUGUUGGAGAUGCCACACCCUUCACCGGGGCCUCUCCCUCUCCUCUUCCUGCCCUCCCUGGUAGCGUCCUGUAUGCAUUAUGUUUGGUCUUAUCUCUUCAUUCCAAUCCCGCACUGUCUGGUCGUGCCUGGUCUUCACCUCGCAAUCGCUCUGCCUUCCUCACAUUCCUCUCACUCCAGGCACUUCUGGCAGGGUGUAGCAGCUGUGCAAUGUUCCUUUAGACUUUCGGUAGGCAUUCAUUCGUCUGUCUGAAAUCGCUCACUGACACAUAUUUUGCCAUCAUACAUCCUCCAUACUUGAGCUUAUCGUAGUUUGGUAUUAAUUCACCGUAACGAAAUGUUUACAUGCAUUGGGGCACAAGGGUGGCCAGGCUGCACAGUUGUGCAACCAAAUGCGAGUGAGUAUUAUUUUGUACUAUAUUAACUUGUACUGUUUAGCCCAUGGGAGUUUUGCUUAAACAAAUAUGUUCUGAGGGCAGAAAGAAAAAUGAUAAUUAGUUAGAUAACCAAUCAGAUUGUUGACUAGGUGGGUCCAAGCAACUAGAGGAGGUGGGACCAACCAAUCAGAUGUCUUGGUUACCCCUCCUACAAUCUGAUUGGUUAUCUCUUUGAACCAAUCAUUUUUUUGUCCUGUCCUUAGAACAUUUUUGUCUAAGUAAAACUCCACAGGCUACUGUUUAUUGAGUCGUGACACUGGAUUUAGUGUUUCAUUUGGCGUGAAGGUUGGGAAUGUAAGACUCAGCCCUGUAACUUGCCAUGAUAGCUAAGAAACAAGUGUGAGCUUCAAGAACUCUCCCCCAUUCAGGACACACAUUUUUUUUUCUAUUUAAGGGGGCGCGUGUCUCCGUUUUGUUAGUCCGCAGGGGUUUCAUGCAUCACUUCCCCAAAUGGCAUGUUUGGGACCAAGGGCAUGUUGUCAUGUUGUGAGGAACCACAUUGAUGUACAAGGGAUGCUUGAUUUUUAAAUUGUAUUUUAUUUUUUCCAUCGUUUUUAUUUUUGUAAUGAACAAAUGCAUUUGUUCUCGUUCAUUUUAAGCACUUUAUGUAAGUUAUUUUAAACUCUGUUGUAUUGUUUCAGACUGAAUGGGUUUUUCCCCUUUUGCUUGUUGACAUAAUUUUAAUUUUUAUAAGGAAACCAGAAUCUUACCAUGUUCAAUAUGUUUACCGGCUGAGGGUUGGUCGUUUCACUCUAGCAAUUAAUAAAAUGCAGUAAAAUUGG